GACCUUGUUGUUGUUGAUGUGUAACGAGUGCGCCUGCGCGGAGUCCCGAUGAUCUCGCCGCUGCUGACGUUACUUUUGCGGGGCGAGAAGCUACAGACUUAAGCUAGCGGCCCGACACUUUGUAUCCUUUUUAUAUCGUCUUUUACUUUCUGAGCAGGCCCACGCCACUCAUUUAGUGACAAUCCCAGUCCGCAUGUGACCGCCCUGCCUUGUCAUCGGAGCCACUAGCCAAGGCCGAGGAACAAACAUCGCUUAUCCACAUUUUAUGAUCCGACGUCCCGAGUCGGGUGUCCCCUCCAUGUGGGUGCGGGAGCUGUGUGUGUCAGACUAUGGCGAGGAAGACAGUUAGCAGGAAAAGGAAGGCAGGAGAGCCCAAGGACCAACAACAGCUGGGCUGGGGUCCGGCACCAUACAAGCGGAGCCGUGUCUCUUGUUCAUCCCGCCAUGUGCAGUGGUGGUGCAGUCGUCACUCGGUGGUCUGUGCCCUCCGCGGGCGAGAGUUCAGACCUCAGCAGCAGCACGAAUUGCAGCUCCAGCGGAGCCUGCGAGGCUUUGCUGCCGGCAGGCUCCCUGGCAUCCUGAAGGAGAGGGAGUUCUCUCUUGGGCGUCUCAACAAAGUAUUUGCCUCCCAGUGGCUCAACCAGCAGCAGGUUGUGUGCGGAACCAAAUGCAACACGCUUUUCGUAACCAAUGUGAUGACUGGGCAGAUAACUCGCAUCCCCAUGCUCAAGGACAGGGUUCGUCACGGUGGAGGCCCCGUGGUCGGGGCAGUGCAGCAUUACCAGUCCACGGCGAGCUCUCAUUCCCGGCUGGACCAGCAGGGUUGUGGGAUCCAUGCUAUUGAGAUCAACCCUUCUCAAACCCUCUUAGCGACUGGAGGAGACAACCCCAACAGCCUAGCCAUCUACCAGCUGCCCACGCUGGACCCUGUCUGCGUUGGAGAUGAUGGCCACAAUGACUGGAUCUUCUCAAUAGCAUGGAUCAGUGACAGGAUGGCUGUUUCUGGUUCCCGGGAUGGCUCCAUGGGUUUGUGGGAGGUGACAGAGGAAGUCAUGAGCCAGGCUGAGCACAGUCAGAGCGAGGAGGCUGUGCCCUCCUAUGCCCAUAUCUCGCACCGUGCCCUCAAAGACAUCCCAAAGGAAUACACCAACCCCUACAACUGUAAAGUCCGCGCUUUGGCCUUCAACAACAACAAUAAAGAUCUGGGUGCCGUAUCUUUGGAUGGCUACUUCCACCUCUGGAAGGCCGAACACACUUUGUGCAAGCUCCUGUCUACCAAGCUGCCUCACUGCAAAGAGAAUGUGUGCCUGGCCUAUGGGCAGGACUGGUCCGUGUACGCUGCAGGCUCUCAGGCCCAUGUCUCUUUUUUGGAUCCGCGGCAGCCGACACACAAUAUAAAGUCAGUCAACUCCAGAGAGAGAGGAAGUGGGAUCCGCUCUGUGAGUUUCUAUGAGCACAUUGUGACAGUGGGCACCGGUCAAGGUUCACUUCUCUUCUACGACAUCAGGGCCCAGAGAUUCCUAGAGAGUCCUUUGAUUCCAAACGGAGGGUACCGGAGGUGCUCCGGAGAUGGCAUUCUCAAGCUGACAACAGGGAAAGGCUGGCUGAAUCACGAUGAAACAUGGAGGAGUUACUUCUCAGACCUUCAUUCUUUCCCCAACGCCGUGUACACGCACUGCUACGACGACUCUGGCACUAAACUGUUUGUAGCAGGCGGACCGCUCUGUUCCGGCCUCCACGGGAACUACGCGGGAUUGUGGAGUUAGCUGGCCUUGGCAUUGCUAUAGCCACCAUUUUUUUAAUGAAACCAAACCCUCCAUCCCCUCCCAUCCCUUCUUCAGCAGCAUCACUGUCUUUGAUGGACUCAGGAGCACGAUCUGGCACCGUCAUAUCCCAUCUUUGAUUAUGCUGCAUCUGCCUGUCCACAUUUCAGCAUUCUGUCGCCACUGUACCUUCACUCUUUCCACCAAAGUCAAUCACUUUUUUUAAAGACAAAUGUUCGAGCCAGUCGUUUUAAGAACUGCAAAGUCUGCCACUGAAGAACGCAGAGGAGGCUUUAGAAUCCCAACCAACAUUUCAUCAAACUUUAUUGGCUUGAUUUAGUAUGUAAAAAGUAUGCGCUGCUUCCUAUGUAAGAUAUAACAAUGUUUAUUGGCUUAUUUUCACUUUCUCUUCGGAAUGACUGGCAAUACGGAGAGAGGACGAUGGACCGCUUUGAAGGACUUAACUGGUGUGCAGUUUGACUUUUAAUAGGAAGUAUUUACUGGUUGGAACAGUUUGUCUAUGUCCCAAAAACAAUCAACUUGUCCUUAGUAGCAGCGAAAUGAAGACGCUGGCCCAUCCAAACAAAAUGGAACUUUUUACAAAUUUGUGGUUGAAAUUAUGUAAAGGAGAAAUGUUUAGAAAGCAACGUUCUGCUGCAACACAAUUCUCUCUCUUUCCAUCUCUGAUUUGACUGACAUACACCUGCUGAUAUUCUAAUUUGCUUUAUUUGUAUUUAUUUCCCCCCAUACCAGUGGUUUGGGUCAAUAUGGAAUUUUUGAAGGUGUAUCGUCUUUUUGUUGUUGUCCGCCCUGCUAUGUUUCUGUUCAAUCUGAUCAGAACGCUUUCUGCAGAUUUGCACAACGUCUCAUACGUACGUCCGGUGUCACUAGAGAAUUUAUUUGACUGUCACAUAACACAUGAGCUCUUUCUUUUUUUAUUUGGUUGACACCCCUGUGAUUCCGAGACCCCUCUGGGACUUGGGCCAUGAACUGUGGUAGCUUUGUACACCAACAGACCGAGAAGGAUCCAACACACUUCACCCUUCACAGUUGUACAACUUCCUUUUUGCUAACAAGGCGUGGUCUUUCUCAUGCCGUUGUUUGGUCAAAGCAGGGUAGGCUUGAGUUAAGCUUUUGCCUUGCUCAGGUCUUUCUGUGAAAGACCGCCAUAGGCAAUAGGUGUUGGGUUUGUUUUUUUUUCAUUGAAAAGCGAUUCCAAUUACAAGCAUAAUUUCAUUAAAUAACCAUCACUCUAAAGUGUAUUUUGUAAUAUAAACGUGUAUAUGUAUGUUUGAAGUACAUAGGAACACUGUCAUACAUUUUGAUGUAUAUUUCUGAGGAUGUGUGUGGUUUGUGUAUGCCCUGUUUUUUUUUUUAUACACACCUCAUCAUGAAUGUUUAUACUGAAUUUGGGGGAUCGGAGCAAAAACAAUAGAAACAAGUAAAUAAAGAGAAAAUGUACACUA